CAGUCAUUGUCGGUGGUUGAGCUCAGGAACCGGCACAGGCCAAGUCUCAGUGUCGCUCAAAACGCGGCGCGCGGUGGUCGUGCGUCGGACGCGCGUGAAGUGAUGUCUGAGAGAUGAGGCUAACGCUGGUGCUACUGUGGCUGGGCGCUGCGGCGGCCUGUGGCCCGGGCCGUGGCUUCACCCGCCGCCACGGACCGCGCCGCAUAACGCCCCUCGUCUUCAACCAGCACGACCCUAACAUCAACGAGAACUCCAAGUCAGCCAGCGGACCCCCAGAGGGACGUAUCACUAGAAACGACGAGAAAUUCAAAGACUUAGUGCCAAAUUAUAAUCCGGAUAUAGACUUCAAGGAUGAAGAGGGCACGGGUGCCGAUCGGCUCAUGACACAGAGAUGCAAGGAGAAGUUGAAUACUCUCGCUAUCAGCGUGAUGAAUCAAUGGCCAGGGGUUAGGCUGAGGGUGAUCGAGGGUUGGGAGGAAGAAAACUCCCACCUGGAGAAUUCCCUCCACUAUGAGGGCCGGGCCGUUGACCUCACCACCAGCGAUCGAGACCGCAGCAAGUACGGCAUGCUGGCUAGACUAGCUGUUGAAGCCGGCUUCGACUGGGUCUUCUACGAAAGCCGCUCCUACAUCCAUUGUUCUGUUAAGACAGAAUCUUCCGUAGGAACAGGAGCAGGCUGCUUUCCUUCUGGUUCUUUGGUCCAUACAGAAAAAGGACCUAAAAACAUCGACUCUCUUCAAAAGGGUGAUCGAGUUUUAGCGGCCGAUAACGAUGGAAAGUUAGUGUUUAGUGAGGUUUUGACUUUCAUUGAUCGAGAUCCGAACGCUGUACGUCAAUACAUCGAAUUGACGGCCGAAAAUAAUGCCACUAUUACGACGACGCCAUCCCACCUCUUGCUGCUAGCCGCUGCUGAUGGUUGGCGGGAAUCAUUUGCUGAUAAUGUAGAGAUUGGCGAUUUCCUUCUAACAAGAGGACAGGGAAGCGUGAUGCGACCUUCAAGAGUUGUUAACAUUAGAAGGGUUUCGAAACUUGGGGUAUUUGCACCUCUAACGAGAACUGGAACUAUCAUUGUGGACGAUGCCUUAGCGUCCUGCUAUGCUCUCAUCAAUAGUCAUUCCAUUGCCCACGCUGCCAUGGCACCCUUAAGGUGGUUGGCCCAAUGGAACAGAACACCUGAAGUUAAACGCGGUGUCCAUUGGUAUGCCAACGCUCUAUAUAAUAUCGGCGAUUUCGUGCUACCCUCAUCGUACAAGUAUCGCUAAAGCAAAACAGUUUUCUGUGUUCUGUUGUGACUACUUUUGAAGUGAUUUACAAAAAAAUUGCGCGCAGGACGUGCCGAUAAUGGACACUUGUAAAUAAAAUCAUGUAAAUAAUAACGUGAAUGAUGAUCAUGAAAUUGUAUAUAUAUUCACGAAUAUUAAAUAGUUUCCUUUUACGUAUAACCAAGGUCAUAUACUAUAUAAUUGUCUUUCUUCGGUAUCUUGUCUAUUUAUUAAGUAGUCGUAAGGAUGACUUUUGCAAAUGCACAUUAUUAGUUUAUACAACUAUUUGUAAAUUGUGUCGGUAUUGUUAUUCUGCACAAUGCAGAAAUAAUUAUCUGUAUGCGCUUAUGUUUUUUUUAAGUAAUUGUAUAAAUAUUAUAAGCCAUUUAUUAGCUAAAUCUAAAUUAUGUCCCUUCGUUUAUUUGUAGUGUAAUAAAGUCUUUUGUGACGCAAAACAGUAUUUGGUUAAAUCAACUUGUUUGUAAACUUGACAUUCCAAGGUUCUAAUCUUUUACGCGCUAACAUUUAACUAACGUUGAUUGUAAUAAAAUUGUGAUCUUGGUACCUAAAACAGUGCCUUAAGAUUUUUAUUUAUUAAUUAGGUUAGUAAUCUAUUUAAAGAUUUGACGAAUACUAUCAUAUAAAAUUAUAUACUUCUAACUUAUUCUAUGGCUUUCGUAUCUUUUAUUCGCUAAUUAAUUAUUUAUUUUUUCUUUUGCGAUGUCAUAAUUGAGCCUUGCUUUAUUUAUUAUUUAAAUUUUAAGCGCCACUGUCGGAUGACUAGGCUCUAUUACUUUCGCCGUAAUAUCACUAUGUCUAAGAUUACAUUUUAUUUUAAACGACAGCUUUGUUUGUAUUUCAUACAAAUAUCUAUGUAAUACAAAAUUUAAAAGGUUAAUGACCGCCGAAUCGCUGAAAGGUUUUUCACUACCGCACGUUAUUAAGGUUCUUCUUUUCUUGAUAGUGUUUAGAUUUAUGGAAUGGUAAUUUUAUUGGAGAUGAAUCUUAUUGUAACAGGAGUCUAAAUUUUACACUACAUACAAUAAGCCAUUGAUCGGGUACAGAUCUAGAACUGAAGAUUUCGUUCCUAUAAUGAAUUUAGUAAUGUUUACUAUCUCGCAUCAGUAUUUAGAAAUAAUAUUUAGGUUGGAAAUUUUUGAUGUUAUGUAUUAAUAACAGUUUAUUGAAGCUUUAACUAAUAUUUUGAUAACAUGCCAUACGAUAUAUGCCAUAUUACAUGUAGACGGUUCGCUGUAACUAUUUUAUUGUUGUACUAACUAUAAAACUUGUCUGUUUUAUAUGUCUAAUGUAUGUGUUUUGAAAAUUGUACCAAUAGGAGUUUGUCAUAUACACGAUUUAGGCACAAUUUAUAUACAAAUGUACUGUAGGUAUCAAUUAUUAUGAACUAUGUAUUCGGCUGACUCACUUCAUGUAAAUUAGAAGGUUUUCAUGUAAUUAUAGCGCUUUUAUAUUAUUUAUUUAUUGAUGUUAUUUUUGUAUUGAUAUAAAAGUUAAAUAUCCCAA